AUGGCCGAGCUGCUCUGGAGCCUGCAGGAUUCCCAGCUCGUCGCCCGCUUCCAGCGCCGCUGCGGGCUCUUCCCCGCGCCGGAUGAAGGCCCCAGCGAGAACAGCGCGGGCCCCGCGGACGGCGAGGCGCGGACGCCCGAGCUCGGGCAUCUCCCCGCCGCCAAAGGCAAGGGCGCCGGGGAGCCGGCCAAUGGGCUGCGGAGACUGGCGGCCCCGCAGGCUUAUGUACAGAAGUAUGUCGUGAAGAAUUAUUUCUACUAUUACCUGUUCCGAUUUUCAGCUGCUCUGGGACAAGAAGUGUUCUACAUCACUUUUCUUCCAUUCACUCACUGGAAUAUAGAUCCUUAUUUGUCCAGAAGACUGACCAUCAUAUGGGUUCUGGUGAUGUAUAUUGGCCAGGUAACCAAAGAGAUCUUGAAGUGGCCCCGCCCCUUCUCCCCUCCUGUCGUGAAACUCGAGAAGAGAGUGAUCGCUGAAUAUGGGAUGCCGUCUACCCACGCCAUGGCAGCCACGGCCAUCUCCUUCACCCUCCUUAUCUCUACCAUGGACAGGUACCAGUAUCCCUUUGUUUUGGGACUGAUGAUGGCUGUGGUGUUUUCCACGUUGGUGGGUCUCAGCCGACUUUACACUGGGAUGCAUACGGUCCUGGAUGUGCUGGGCGGCAUCCUGAUCACCGCCAUCCUCAUUGUCCUCACUUACCCUGCCUGGACCCUUAUCGAUCGCCUGGACUCGGCUAGUCCCCUCUUCCCCGUGUGUGUUCUAGUGGUGCCGUUCUUCCUGUGUUACAACUACCCCGUGUCCGAUUACUACAGCCCGACCAGAGCGGACACCACCACCAUCAUGGCUGCUGGGGCUGGGGUGACCAUAGGGUUCUGGAUCAAUCAUUUUUUCCAGCUCGUGUCUGAGCCCAUGGAAUCUCUCCCUGUUAUUCAGAACAUCCCACCGCUCACCACUGACCUGUUAGUUUUGGGUCUGGCCAAAUUCACUGUGGGAAUUGUGCUGAUCCUCCUGGUCCGUCAGCUUGUACAAAAGCUCUCACUGCAAGUGUUGUACUCCUGGUUCAAGGUGGUCACCAGAAACAAGGAGGCCAGGCGGAGACUGGAAAUCGAAGUGCCUUACAAGUUUGUCACCUACACGUCUGUUGGCAUCUGCGCUACCACCUUCGUGCCAAUGCUCCACAGGUUUCUGGGAUUACUCUGA